CAUCUCGGUGACCCGAUCAAGUGCCAGUGAACGACCGUAAUGACUCUCAGGAUCAUCUUCUGGACCUCUUUAGUGGCAAUUCUUGGCGUUUUAGCCUACAGGGAGCUGGAAGUUGUCACUGUCGGAUUCUCACUAGAGCCGGUGUAUAUACCAGCAAAGCGGUCAGAUGUGUUUCGAAUUUUGAUGGAUGAACCAGAAUAUUUGGUGGUGACUCACCCAAUGUGCACUGGUGUAAGCAACAUAGUCCGAUUGCAAGGCGAAGAUGGAAAAAGGAUCGUGGAAUUUGACAUUGAUGAGAACCCUGUUUUAUUUGGAGUCUACGAAAAAAAUGUUACUUUCCAUCUUAUCACAAGGGAGAUACUAGAGGAUACUAUCAUUCAGAGUACAGCGGAUUUGUUGGGAGGAAUGUUCAAGAUAAAACAAGGAUAUGAUCUUGCGGAUGCUAAAGAUGGCAGAGACGGGACAUUGUUGGUGGAUCAUGCUGAAUAUACUGCCCCUCGCAUACUUGGAAGAUAUGUAUUGAGGGAGGCGAUUCCUUCUCACGAAGCAAUAACUCAAAAUUUAAGGCAGAAUUUUAGAGAGAUAUAUCAGAAAAUUAAGGUUGAUACUUAAGACCUGCACUGUUUGCACGAAAAUGCUAAACGAGCUUGAGAAUAGCGACGCGAAGCGAUGAGGUUACCAAGGUAACAAGGUAAUUAAGUAUUAUCAACUGAGUUGAUACCGUAAAUAGUUUAAUAAAAGCCGAAGUUGCGAGCGUUAGGCCUUCGUCAGAGCGAUCAACCAAGGUAACAGCUGUAUGGCUCAAAAGUUUAUGAAAUGACGCAGUGAUGAUGAAAGUGAUACUGAUAAAAUUUCUUUGACAGAAAAGGAGAACUUUUUGU